ACCCUCUCUCUGUCACACUCACAGUUAACACCGUCUUCAGUUUCAUUCAUUCAUUUGUUUAGCGACCGUUCGUGUUUUUUACUUGUGAAACUUUCUCAAUGGAUGGCAUUUAACUAUGAACUAAUUAGUUCUAAAGUUUUUCUUGCGGAAUCACGUGUUUUGUUCUAACAGUUUUCAUUCGAGACGAAAUGAUAAAGAGAAGAUUCUUUAAGAUUGAUCAUGGCGACAGGGAUGGCUCGGAUCACUCUUCUUCAUCCUCAGACGAAGAUUAUGAUAAUCAAACUGCGGAAGUAAGCCACGAGGAGAGUGACGACGGUGAUGAUAAUGAAGUUAGCUCUACUUCUUCUGGAUAUAGAAGUGAGGAUAGUUCUGCCAAUGAAAUUGAUGCAAACUCUACAGGUCAGCUAUUUAGUGAAGAUGAUGCUGGAACUGUAAAUGAAAGGGAAAUACUUACUAACAAGGAGUUGCCUAGUGAAUGUGACUCCGAAAAGUCUAAUGUUAUGGCUGAAGAAAAACCCCUACCAACAGAUAUACCAUCCACCUAUGUCUUGAAAUUCAAAUCCGUUUUUAAGUGCAGGUUAUGUCCUCGGAUUAUCUGUUUGACCGAGGACACUUUGCGGAAUCAUCUUCAAUCGAAGAGACAUGCUCGAUCUGAAAAACUACACAAGGAAGGCAGACUGAAGGCCGUGCUCAACAGUGAUGGUGAAAUAGAGAGCCAAGAGGUCUCAGAGAUCCAAACCGAAGAUACCGAGGAUAAUACAAAGAAGAAUGACAAAGGACAGAAGCAGCAUAAGAAGAGUUUUAAAAAGAAGAAAAAUGAUGAAGCAAACUCAAGGAAAACGCGGCCAACAAAAGGGUCAUCCAAGAGAAGCCGCAAAAAAUGAGUACUGAAAUCUGUUUCACAUUCAACCAACACUGUCACCAAAUUUUCCUGCCAUUACCAUUUUGCCUUUGUGUGCAAGCAAAGUAUGUGCAGUUUAAUGUAUGCCCUAUAUAUAGCCUCUUUUGAACUCCUUUCGCUUACUCUUCAACAAUUUUCUGCUUUUCCAAAUCAUUUGGAUUGGGAUUGUUCUCUAUUUCCAUCCCCUACCUAUAAUUUUCGAAAGCAUUUGAUUUUUUUUCCUUGGGAGCAUAAUAGUUAACUUAAUUCAAAGUUGCCUUGUAAAAGAUAUUUAUAGUAUUAUGAUAUAUUGAGGUUAGAUUUGGUUGUGUUUUGGAGAUGAGGUGUUGAAUGGGAUCACAUAUAUACAUAUUCCAGUCUA